AUGGGAAGAUGGCCAAGAAGCCCCCCCGAAGGAGAUGAGUACUCCAUCCAGUAUGGAUGGAUGCCGCUGGAGUUUUCGUACUCCAGUUCUGUGGAGAUCGCGUCUGCAAGAGCUAUGCAGGUGGAUGAACAGUCGAAUGGUAGAUGCAACGAAAGAAAUGGCACCGAGUCUUCUUCCGGCAAGAUCGUGACUACGCCUGAGUUCGUAUCAGCCGCUGUGGGGUUCUGGAAAGCUGUUAGUCGUCCUUUAAAUCCUUCUCAUUCUAGGGCAAGAGCAAGAGGCCCCGGAGCCUUUCAGAGAGAGAGCAGCGUGGUUUACCGCGGCGGUGAAGUAGCAGCCGGGGAUUCCUCAUCUCUCGUGGACUCUGAUUUCUAUCUCCAUGACAGAAAAUCCGUGGGUUGCUUCUCAUCUGCUUCUGAGUCAGGCUACGAGCAUCUGAAGGCACUUAAAGGAAUGAUGUUCUUCCAGCCUUCCACAGGCUUCUCGAGUGAAUUUCCAGAGGGACACAGAGAUUAUUACAGUGAACUCCACAAACGUGCAGCCUCCAAGCUGAUGGCUGCUGCUGCAAGCGGGGGAGUUCACCAUCCUUUGGCCACUGUCUCUGAGAAGAUUGAUCCAAGAGGAAGUGAUGGUAAUUUCGAUCACUGUAGAGAUUUUAUGAAAGGUGACAAAGAAAGCACAGUACAGAGGUCUAAUGCCUCUCCUUAUGGUGCUUUUCUAGCCCCACAAGUCUCAAGUUCAUUGGAACAUAUAAAUGUCUCAAGUUGUAUGGAUUUCAGCCUCUCCUCAGACUACAGAACUGGUUUUCCGACUUCCAUUUGCUGCACGCUCAAGGAGCACCAGCUAUCACCUGGCCCGUGCCAAAUGGUCCUCAAAUCAUCUGAAGAAUCCUACUUAUUGGAAGAAGAUGCGCAAGAUAAGGACAGAAACGUUUGCAAUAGUCAUGGUUGUGACGGGAAGUACCCACCGAUCGUGCAGGGAUCAAUGUGGGACAAAAUAGCAGGGAGUUUUGCCAAGGGAAGACACGCUCUUGCAGGAGGAUUGGCUGGCAUAUUUGUUAGCAUUUGCUUGCAUCCUGUUGACACAGUCAAGUCUAUUAUUCAAGUGCAUGGCAAGAAUCAGGAGCCCUUGCUCCAGACUAUCAAGAGAAUUACGUCUGAAAGAGGUAAUACUAGGCAGUCAAUUGUAACCGUUUCCAUAGUGUUGACUAUUUGGAGUCUUUAUGUGUUCUUAUAACUAUGGUGUGCUUUUUUAUUUUUAACUCAACACAUAACUGAAUUAUUGGUCCCACAGAACUGAGUUCAGCAUUGCCUUGCAGGCGUGAUGGGUCUUUACCGUGGAAUUCCAAGCAGUAUGGCAUCUUCAGCUCCAAUCUCUGCUGUUUAUACUUUCACAUAUGAAUCAGUGAAGGGUGCUUUUCUGCCUCCCUUACCUAAAGUGAGUCUUUUAUAUACUCUUCUAGUCUGCUCAUCUGUUUGGAAAGCUAUGUAAUGCGGAAGUGACGUCCUCUUUGCAGGAGUACCAUUCCUUUGCACACUGUGGAGCUGGUGGUUGUGUGUGACAUCUUUUAUAUUUACACCCAGUUAAAACAGCAGAUGCAAAUCCAUUCAGCUAUCAGAAUCAUGAUAAUCUUUUUUAGGGGAUAUGAAUUCUAUAAAUAUUACAUAAAACUUAUUUUUCUGCUAUCUGUUGUCGUAUAUUGAUUAUCAUUGGCUUGGCCCAGCUUUUUUGGUCUUUUGCCCUGGUGAUUAUAGAGAACGUAGCAUUUGAUGAUAAUUGUCCUUCAAUGGACUUGUAUUUUCCCUUACUGUUACAAAAUCUAAGCACCAGACUACAAAAAUUCCUUUGUAGGGCUGCCUUGAUUGGAGUCGUUCAAAAGGGCGGUCUGCCUUCACUCUAUACUGGUUGGGGUGCUGUUCUUUUCCGGAACGUCCCCCACUCUGUUAUUAAGGUCCUUAGUUUUGGCUCGCAAUUCAAAUUAUCUUUUCUAUUUUUUUCACUUGCCAACCGUUACCGGGGAGGUAUACUCAUCAGAUACUUUGUUUUUUUUUUUUUCUUACUUGCAGUUCUACACAUAUGAACGCCUAAAGCAAUUGUUGCACCCAUCAACAGAACCUGAUGCUGAUCUCAGUACAUUUACAACAGUUCGUGUUCUGCAUCAAUUCUCCCUUUUUCCUUUUUAUUCUCUAGGAUGAGUAUUUUGCUGCAUAACACAAAUAUGGUGGGUAUCACUUUCCUUCGAGAAUGUCUUUUUAAAGUAAGAGCUUGGAGGGUAGGUUGCAUAUGUUGUGUUCUUUUUCUCCCUUAUGGUCUUCUGGGUAGUCUGUGCGAGAAUCUCUUGGCCACCAAAUUAAUUUCAGAAAUCAAACCUUGGUCUGGAUGACGUAAUGCUAUAGAUAACUUUCUAGUUUGUUCAAUUCCCUGUCGCUGGGUCAGCUGGCACCCUGCAAUAGAAAAAAAUAAAGCUUUAAUGCAGGCAUUUUCCCACUUUAACGUUCUCUGUGUUAAGCAUGCUUCUCCGUAAAGACUAUUUAUAUGAUAUGUUCGCGGAAUUUAAUACACAAUGGAUAGAGAUCCUAGGAUUUCUAAGCCGAAAAUAGAUCAUUUUAUGCACAAGUAUUUUAUUGAAAAAAUCAUUAGAUGGUUGUGCUUAGUUUGGUUGUAUUUCCAUGAAAUUUAUAAUUUGAGUUUAUUAUGCUACGUUGACGGAUUAUUUGGCUUCCUAACCAUUUACAUUGCCUAGUCCCCGCUGUAGUUGAAUUCUUUAUAAGGCAGUGGGUAUUUUUCUUUUUGCAGUUGGUAUGUGGGGGCCUUGCUGGAUCUUCUGCCGCUCUGUUUACCACUCCAUUUGAUGUGGUUAAGACAAAGUUGCAAGCACAGGUUUGUUUGCCAAAGAUGGCAAUGCUCAGUUGCUCAUAUUGACCUGUGUUAUUGAAUAUGUUCCAGUUAAUACUGACCUCAAUAGAAAGGUCACAAGGGGAGGCGGAGAUGCAUGGAUUUCUUUGACUGUUCAUGUGAUUGGUGGGGUCUCCAAUGCUGCAGAGUUUUAUUUUUUUCCCGUGUUUUUUUAGUCAAACUUUUUUUGGGUCAAUUCAUAUGGUUAAAAUUUUGUUUUGUCCAUAUCUAAUGGAGUAUCUUUUUGAGACAUAUUUUUCAAAAAAAAAAUAAAACUGAUCAGUAUACAUGUCCCCCAAUAUUAUGGCGGCCAUGUUCAUGCCCUGAUGAGUUUAAUGACAUCGGAGAUGGAUGUGCUCCAUCCAGAUACCCAUUGAGCAGAUGCUUGCCCAUCGUGUGAAGAACACUCACCGAGUUAUUUUCUGUGGAUUUUUUUUAUUAUGAAAUUAAUUUCCGGUUGCCAGCUGAAUAUCUAGGAACGAGGAUGAUUAUGACCAUUUUUGGUGUGAAUUGCGGCGCAGAUGCCAGGAUCUCAGGGGAAAUACAAUGGAGUUCUUAACUUGCUGAAAGAGAUCUCUAGGCGUGAAGGCAUCAGAGGACUUUACAGGUAUUGUCAGCGGAGCCUCGUGCUAAACCCAUAAAUAUCACCCCAAUUUUCUUUUUUAUUUUAUUUUUCUCCCUGCAGCUCCUUCACACAGAAAAAAAAAAUGCGAUAUUAAAUAUUUAUUUUAUUAAACCACCCCCCUAAAUUUUCUAAAAAAAUAUCUAGUUCUUGGGACAUCGUGCUAAACCCACAAAUAUCACCCAAUUUUCUUUUUUUUCUUAUUUUUUCUCCCUGCAGUUCCUUCAUAUAAAAAAUGCCAUAUUAAAUAUUUAUUAUUAUUAUAAACCCCUAUUUUUUGUCUAAAAUAUCUAGUUCGUGGAACCUCGUACUAAACCCACCGAUGCCACCCGCUUUUUUUCUCUCCCUGAAGUUCCUUCACACAAAACAAUGCGAUAUUAAAUAUUUUUUUAUAAAAAACCCUUAAUUAUUCUAAUAAUACCUAGUUCGUGGAACCUCCUCUAAACCCACAAAUGUCACCCACUUUUUUUCUUCCCUCCCUGCAGUUCCUUCAACGAAAAAAAAGCGACUUAAAAUAUUUAUUUUUAUAACAAAUCCCUUUUGUUUUUCUAAAAAUAUCUGGUUCAUGGAACCCCGUGCUAAACCCCCAAAUGUCACCCACUUUUUUUUUUCCCUCCGUAUAGUUCCUUCAACAAAAAAAAAAUGCGAUUUAAAAUAUUUAUUUUUAUUACAAGCCCCUAUUUUUUAAAAAUAAUAUUUAGUUCCUGGAACCCCGUGCUAAACCCUCGGCCCAACCAUGUGGUAUUAAUUAUUUAUUUUUAUCCUUGACCCAAAAUCAAGAUACUCGAAAAAGAAGAGAGAAAAUCUAGAAACCCUUUAUUUUAUUUUAUUUUAUUUAUUUAUUUAUUAUAUGAUAUCCACGCUGGAAUCAAUGGGGCAAAUCAUGAGUCCUCAUUCAGUAGACAAGAAUUUUCUCACUCCUUUCCGGAUGUUGGUGUUACAGGGGACUAACCCCGAGGCUGUUCAUGUACGUCUCCCAAGGAGCCAUCUUCUUUGGAUCCUAUGAGUUUCUGAAACGUCUCUUCUCGUUCCAAGGAGAGCAUCACAGAGUUCGAGCUGAGCCAUGCCACGCCGACAAUGGUCCCCGCUCCUAG